UGAUAUUUGUAAACUCUCGAAUGUCUAAAGUGCAAAACAUCAAUUCUAUGGGCUCCAAAAUGCAAAAUUCAACUCCAUCUAAAAACCUAGUUUAGUAAUCACUGCAGCGUUUGAAGACUCAGCAACCACUGCAGCAAUGGGUGCUUACACGUACGUGUCGGAGCUGUGGAAGAAGAAGCAAUCAGAUGUGAUGCGGUUCCUGCUUAGGGUCCGCUGCUGGGAGUACCGGCAGCUUCCCGCUGUUGUACGCGUCACUCGCCCCACCCGCCCCGACAAGGCCCGCCGCCUCGGCUACAAGGCCAAGCAGGGUUAUGUCAUCUACCGUGUCCGCAUAAGACGUGGUGGAAGGAAGAGGCCAGUUUCCAAGGGUAUUGUUUACGGAAAGCCCACCAACCAGGGUGUUACUCAGCUGAAAUUCCAGCGAAGCAAGCGCUCAGUCGCAGAGGAACGAGCUGGAAGGAAACUCGGUGGCCUUAGGGUUCUGAGUUCUUACUGGAUUAAUGAGGACUCUACUUACAAGUAUUUUGAGGUGAUUUUGAUUGAUCCGGCUCAUACUACUAUUCGGAACGACCCAAGAAUCAACUGGGUCUGCAAUCCAGUCCACAAACACAGGGAGCUUCGCGGUCUCACUUCUGCUGGAAAGAAGUACAGAGGUCUCAGGGGCAGAGGGCAUUUGCACCACAAAGCACGCCCCUCGAGAAGGGCUACCUGGAAAAGGAACCAGACCCUUUCCCUCCGUCGCUACCGCUAAGCUUCGUGAUAAUUUUGAUGUUACCAUAAUAGAGGAUAUCUUGCUACAAAUAUACUUUUGUUGGAACAUGUUUUUCUUUUUUCUUAUUAAAUGAGGAUGUCUUGCUACUUCUGUUUUAAAGUCAAAUGCCAUUCUUGUUUGUGUUGUUA